AUGCCCUGGAAAUCCGUCCUUGCCGAGUUAUCUCAAGUGGUCCGAAACAAUGUCGACAAGAUCACGAGGAUUCUACCGGACAACCUGACCACCAGGAGCAAUGCUGUUAAAACACUUGAUCUUCGCAUAGAUGUCCAUCAAGAUUCAAAGGAUCCAAACAAAGCAAUUGCGAAAGUCCAAGCCAACGCACAGGCCAACGACAACGCCGUCAAGGACUAUAUAAAGUCCGGAAACAAGGGCAGCGGUCACAAGGGAACGCACAAAAAUAUCACUGAGAUACCUUUUGAUCGUACUUCAUUUGAUGUCGAUGACUUCAUUUCAAAGAUAGAGAACGCUCGAAAAUAG